AUGAUAUCGUUUUUCCCAGUCGAAAAAUACCGGCGACCAUUUAUAAAAAUCAAUCUCAUUUCAGACGUCGCUUGCGGGGCCCGGAAAACUUCCCGCGGCGAAACGGAAGUUGGAAAAGGAGACGGCCCCAGCCCGCACGGACGCGACUCGAUUCUUCCACUGUCGAAGAUGGGCUCGAAUUUCGCAUUUUUCGCAGGAGUUUUCGCUAGUUUCGCAGCGGGAGUGCUGGCCUUGCAGUGCUACCAAUGCGGGAUGUACAACGACGGAGUCGGCUCUAUAACUCCUUGUCUCAACCAGACGCUCAUGAAGUUGAUUGAGUGCCCCAAAGCCGAUCAUAAAUUUUGCAUUGGAAAUUAA